UUAGAUGGUUGAACAAACAAAGGUAAGCACAAUUUUGAUGAGAUUGAAAAGGGCAAAACUGGUGUGGGUCCCACAAACUCUACAUAAGAUGUGAGAAAGAAUCUCUUUUUAACUUUAUGCCUUUUGCAUGGACCGAUCCAAGUCAUCUAACCCCUCGAUCUUAUUCACUUUCUCUCACUACAAUUCCUCUCUCUCUCUCUCUCUAGAAAGAACCAAAAACAAAAUACUGCUGUUGCUGUAUUCCCUUUCUCUGUCCAUGAUUUUCGCCGGAAUCCAAUUCCCUCGUUAGCACCUCUUAUUCAGUGCACUCUCGAUAUAAGUCUCUCUCUCAAAAGUUUGCAUAAAGGGAAAGGAAAUCUACUUCUGGGCUAAUAAUGGGGGCUUCGACCUCCAAAUUGGAUGAUGAUAAGGCCCUCCAACUGUGCCGUGAAAGGAAGAAAUUUGUUAGGCAAGCACUUGAUGGGCGUUGCUCACUUGCAGCUGCUUAUGUUUCAUAUGUUCAGUCAUUGAAAAUUACCGGAACAGCUCUGAAGAAAUUCGCAGAACCUGAGGCACCAAUUGAAUCUUCCUUGUAUACUUCCACUAAUGCAACGCCCGAGCCACUUGCUUUUAAUGAGAAGGCCUCAUCUCAGUUCUCAUUCUCUUCACCAUCUGCAUCACAACGCAUUGAUCCAGCUGAAAACUUUUCUCCAACGCCCUCUCCUCCCAGCUCUACUAAAUUCCAUGCCAAUCAUAUGAAGUUUAGCACUAGUUCAUCUAAAAAGGUAGAAGAAAAACCACCUGUACCUGUUAUAGGAACAGUAACAUCAUCGGGUACUCAGCAAAAUGCCAUUCCUCGUUCUGCUGAAAGGUCUGAAACAUCAGCGUUUGAAGAUUCUAAUCUUCCAAAUGGAACUCCACCAUGGGAUUUUUUUGGUCUUUUUCAUCCUAUUGACCAUCAAUUUUCUUUUCAAGAAGGAAAGGGAAUGCACCAAGAUUUGGGAAUUGCCAAUGAUAUAACAAGAUUAAGGGAGGAGGAAGGAAUUCCUGAGUUGGAAGAUGAUGAAGAGAAGGUUUCUUCUCAAGGAAGCGAGAUCUCUCAUGACUCUGAAGAUGAAUUUGAUGAUGAGCCUACCACAGAUACCCUCGUCCGCAAAUUUGAAAAUUUUAAUAGAGUAAAUGACCAUGUUCAAGCCUAUGGAUUUCCUGGUACACAUAAGCCUCUGGUGGGGGAUUCGACCAUUAAUGGGGAGAAGGGGAGCUCUGCCUCUCCUGAUGUAUCACUGCUGAAGACAGCUACUCCUGUAUCAGUGCUUCCAACUGAAACACCUAAGUCAGUGGAGAAAGAAAGCCAUAGUGAAAAUAAAGUUGUACCUAAGGACUUUUUUGCAAGCAUGAAAGAAAUUGAAUUUCUCUUUGUUAGAGCAUCUGAAUCUGGCAAAGAGGUUCCAAGAAUGCUUGAAGCAAAUAAGUUGCACUUUCGUCCUAUAUUUCCAGGCAAAGAAAAUGGUUCGAUGGCGUCCUCAUUUUUGAAGGCUUGUUUUUCAUGUGGGGAAGACCCAAGUCAAGUUCCAGAAGAAGAACCUGCUCAAAACUCGGUUAAGUACUUAACUUGGCAUAGGACAAUGUCAUCUCGAUCUUCUUCAUCCAGAAACCCUUUGGGAGCAAACUCAAAAGAUGAUAUAGACGACCAUACAAAUAAUCUCUUCGAUAAUUUCUAUAUGAUAUCUGGAAGCCAUGCAUCGACCUUGGAUAGAUUAUUUGCAUGGGAAAAGAAGCUCUAUGAUGAAGUCAAGGCUAGUGGGGUGAUCAGAAAGGAAUAUGACAUGAAGUGUAAAUUCUUACAGAAUCUGGAAUCAAAAGGAGAAAAGACCUCUACGAUUGAUAAAACCCGUGCUGUAGUCAAGGAUCUGCAUUCAAGAAUUAGAGUUGCUAUUCUUAGGAUAGAUUCUAUAUCUAAGAGAAUCGAGGAAUUACGGGACAAAGAGCUUCAGCCACAACUUGAGGAGUUGAUUGAAGGGUUAAGUCGGAUGUGGGAAACUAUGUUUGAUUGCCACAGGCUCCAGUUUCAGAUAAUGUCAACAGCAUAUUACAAUAACCAUGCUAGAAUCACCAUGCAUUCCGAACUACGGAAACAAAUUGCUUCCUAUCUUGAAAGUGAACUCCAUUACAUGGCAUCAAGUUUUAACAAGUGGGUUGGAGCUCAAAAAUUCUAUCUGGAUGCUAUAAAUGGAUGGCUAAACAAAUGUGUUUCUCUUCAACAAAAAACAGGCAAGAAAAAAAGGAGGCCUCAACUUCCGCUCCUCAGAAUGCACGGGCCACCAAUUUAUGCUACCUGUGAUAUCUGGUUGGAAAAGCUUGGAGAAUUACCUACCCAAGAAGUUGUGGAUUCCAUCAAGAGUUUAGCUAGUGAAACUACCCGGUUCUUACCUCGUCAAGAGAAGAACCAUGCUAAAGUUGCAAAACAUCCUCAUCUACCAACCUGGAAUGCGGACAUUGGCGAGUCAUCGGAUAAUCUCUUGAGAGAUGACGCUUCAGAGGAUUGGAUGUCAGGUUUUGAUCAAUUUCGAGCAAGCUUUAUAAGAUUUCUUGGUCAGUUAAAUAAUUUUUCCGGGUCUUCUGUCAAGAUGUAUGCAGAACUUAGACAAGCCAUUCAGCAUUCAAAGACUCAUUAUUACCAACAUAGAUCUAAUUCUCAGACUCAAGAUGAUCAUUCAAAGCCAGAAUCUCAAUUUGACAAGUCUGAAAGUAAAAGUUCCCAACAGUAAAAAGAUAAUUGCAUUAGACACAAGAAAGUUUGCUGUAUUAAAUAGCUUUACAUUAAACAAAUGCAUUUUUGACUUUCAUAUUAGCCCUUUGGAUGUGGCAUUUGCACAUGAGGAGGGAAUAAAAACUUCAUUGGUUGGGGUGUCCAUACUUAAUAUGAUAAAUACUGUAAUUACAGGGUUCUGUUUAGUAUACAAAAAGAAGGAACUUGUAAAGUGUCAUUUUUGUACACAAAGCUUGUCUCGUAGACUUAAUUUUCUUUACCAAUACAAAAAUAUGAAUUUUGGCAUUCA